CAUAUUGUCCACCAAGAGCACCGGUUCGAUUGUUUGCCGCUAAAGGUCCUUCCUAUUAGAUAGCAUUUUUGGGCUGACGUUAUUAAUAUUGCAUUGGCGAUCUCUCUACUGCUUCCUGUUAACGUAGGAAGCGUAACGUUUACGAAUCUAUGUAUAUCACUAUUCGUGACAAAUGAUAAAUAUGGCGGCUUGGAUUCUCAAAGUCGUACGGGUGGCAAAGAAUCAAAAUGUGGGCCCUGUCACUUAUGCAGUACAGAGCUACGAUUAUUCUUCACAACCAAGAAUUAUUAAAAAUCCUACUACAGCCAAUUUGAAAAGGGGUACUGGCGGUCGUAGCUCUUUCAAUGGUAUAGUUUGUACAAUAUUUGGAUGUGGUGGUUUUGUUGGAAAUUCCUUAAGUAUCAGGCUAGGGAAAAUUGGAACUCAGCUCAUUCUUCCACAUAGAUGUGAUCCAUAUCACGUAAAAGAGUUAAAAGUAGGUGGAGAUCUUGGACAAGUCUACUAUCAUCCAUUUGAUCUUAGAGAUGAGGAAUCAAUAAUCAGGACUAUAAAAUAUUCCAAUGUUGUUAUUAAUUUGAUUGGUCAAACUUAUGAGACGUCAAAUUUCAGUUUUGAUGAUGUGCAUGUAGAAGGAGCAAGAACAUUGGCUAGACUUGCCAAGAAAUGCAAUGUGGAGCGUUUCAUUCACAUGUCAUGCAUAAAUGCGGAAGAGAAACCUACACCAAUGAUGAUACAAGGUGGUUCGAAGAUGUUAAAAUCAAAAUGGAAAGGUGAAAUUGCAGUGAGAGAAGAAUUCCCAGAAGCUACUAUAGUUCGACCAUCAGUUAUAUAUGGACCCAUGGAUACAUUUGUCAGUCAUUAUAUGAGUCCAAUUAGAACGACCUUCGAAUACAUACCAUUGUGGCGAAAAGGAGAAAAUACUGAAAAGCAACCAGUGUACAUUCAUGAUGUAAUUUCAGGCCUUGUGGCGAUAAUAAGGAAUCCUGAUACUGCUGGUAAAACUUACCAAUUUAUUGGUUCACAAAGGUACAAAUUAAACAAUCUAAUUAAUAUGAUGUUUGAUAUCAAAAUGAAAUACGUCGGAAACUACAUGGUGAUAGGAAAUAUAAAGAUUAACCCAUACUUUUGGAUGAAAGUUACAUUUGCAGAAUUGAUCGCUCCAAUACAUCGUACUAUAGAUUUAUCAUGGGAAAUAUUGGAAUUUCAUCAUGCCACUGAUAAAAUAGACCCAAAUUUACCAACUUUGGAAGAUUUAGGAAUAAUGCCGACUGAUUUUAAAAAAGUAAUGGCAUGGGUAGUUGAACCAUAUGUAGUCAACAGACUUGAGGUUGAAGAAUUACAGUUAGGUGUCCCUCCUGAUGUGAAGUCUGUACCAAAAUAAAGCGUUCACAUUUAGAGCUUGUAGAAAAAAACGAGUGUUCUGAUUUAAAUAAAGAACUAGUAUAAAAUUAUAUUGUUAUAAUUGUUAUAAUUUUCUGUAUAGUAUUUGAAUUCUGGUUAUUACUUUUGUGUAAAAAUAUUUUUUUUGUACACACUGUAUAGAAAUUAUAUGUCACUACUGUCAGUCUAUGCAAUAAGAAUUGCUGCAAAUCUUU